AUGGCCGCCGCCUGCCUGCCCGACUUGCGCCGGUCUGAAGCGCUUCGCCAGGCCGUCCGAGACGUGGGCCGUGCCUCGGUCGGCCUGGUGCGGGCCACUGGCGGCGGGGGUCUUGGCACUCGAGGAACCCCGUCGGCAGCCGCCGAACUCCAGGCGGGUGCCUCCAGUUUGUCGCAGGCUGCGCAGAAGUCGACUAUGAGUGCGGCCCAUGCCGGUCUCGUAGAGCUGGACCAGAGAUCCAGCACCAUGCAUGCGAAGGUAGCACCAUACUCUUUUCAGGAAUUUGUAGGAUAA